CUCUAACUUUGGGUAAUAAUGUUUGUCAGCUACCUGAUACUAACGUUGCUCUGCUUUCAAACAGCAGUGUUAGCAAGACCUGGGGGUGAGAGCAUUGGCUGUGACGACUAUCUGGGUUCUGACAAGGUGAUUGACAAGUGUGGAAUAUGUGGAGGGGACAACACUGCUUGCAAGGUGGUGUCUGGAGUUUUCAAACACACGCUAACAAAUCUUGGCUACCACAAGAUAGUGGAAAUUCCUGAAGGAGCUACUAAAAUCAACAUUACUGAGAUGUCAAAGAGCAACAACUAUUUGGCCCUGCGGAGCCGCUCGGGACGGUCCAUCAUCAACGGGAACUGGGCGAUCGAUCGGCCCGGGAGAUACGAAGGUGGUGGGACAAUGUUCACCUACAGGCGCCCAAACGAGAUCUCCAGCACUGCAGGGGAGUCGUUUUUAGCAGAUGGCCCAACAAAUGAAGUCCUUGAUGUCUAUAUGAUACAUCAGCAGCCUAACCCAGGUAUCCAUUAUGAGUAUAUCAUUCCAGGAGACAAUGUCAUUAGUCCUCAGCUGCUUGCUCACAGGAGGCCAGGGGAGCCGUUGAAUGGUCAGUUGGGAAUGCCAGAAGGUACAAGUCAUGAGGAUGAGGAUUUGCACAGAGAGACAGACAUUCUCACUGGACAGUCAGCUGGAACUUUUCCAGUUAUUCAGCCAGGAAGAUUUCCUUCUCAUCAGCCAGAAAACCAGGUGCCUGCUAUGCAACAGCCAAGGCAAAACCGAGAACACAACUGGAAACAGGUUGGAAAAACUGAGUGCACUACUACCUGUGGGAAAGGAUCACAGUACCCAAUUUUCCACUGUGUCAACAGAAUCACUCACGAGGAGGUCCCCGAGGGUUACUGUGACAGCAGUACCAAACCCAUCCCAGAAGAGGAGGCCUGCAACCUCUUCCCGUGUCCAGCUUUCUGGGACAUAGGGGAGUGGUCUGAGUGCAGCAAAACCUGCGGCCUGGGGAUGCAGCACCGCCAGAUCUUGUGCCGGCAAAUCUACGCCAACCGCACCCUGACGGUGCAGCAGUACCGGUGCCACCACCUGGAGAAGCCUGAGACCACCAGCACCUGCCAGCUGAAGAUCUGCAGUGAGUGGCAGAUCAGGACAGAGUGGACCUCAUGUUCAGUGCCUUGUGGAGUGGGGCAGAGGACCCGGGAUGUGAAGUGUGUCAGCAACCUUGGGGACGUUGUUGAUGACGAGGAGUGUAACAUGAAGCUGCGGCCAAAUGACAUUGAGAACUGUGACAUGGGCCCCUGUGCCAAGAGCUGGUUCCUCACAGACUGGAGUGACAGGUGCUCGGCAGAGUGUGGGGCCGGGAUCCGCACGCGCUCCGUGCUCUGCAUGACCAACCACGUCAGCAGUUUGCCUCUGGAGGGCUGCGGCAACAACAGACCCUCGGAAACGACCCCCUGUAAUAAUGGACCCUGUGCUGGUAAAGUGGAGUGGUUUGCUGGGGGCUGGACACAGUGCUCUUCUGAAUGUGGCAGUGGAACUCAACAGAGAGAAGUCAUUUGUGUUAGGAAAACUGAAGGUAAUUUUGAUGUUUUGGACCCCUAUGAAUGUUCAUAUUUGGAAAAACCUCCCAUCCAGCAAUCCUGCUACCUCAAACCGUGUGGAUCUAAGUGGUUUCAUACAGAAUGGAGCACAUGUUCCAAAUCCUGUGAAGGAGGAUUUCGGGUCCGGGAGGUGCGGUGUCUGUCAGAUGACAUGGCAGCCAGUUCCCAGUGUGACCCACAGCUGAAACCCGAAGAGAAAGAACCCUGCAACACACAAGAUUGUGUCCCUGAAAUAGAUGAGAACUGCAAAGAUAAAUACUACAACUGCAAUGUGGUGGUUCAGGCCAGGCUCUGUGUCUACACCUACUACAAGACAGCCUGUUGUGCAUCCUGUACCCGGGUGGCAAACAGACAGUCGGGGUUCCUGGGCCGCAGAUAACAAACACUCUCUGCUCGAAGCAGCCGCGUGGGGCUGCCCGUGGAGCCGGAACAGUGUUACUGCUUUGACUGCAGCAGUCUUAGCUUCUUAGAGAGGGGGGGUUGUAUUGCUGAGUGCAUCGAGACUAUGGUUAAAUCUCACACCCUUUCAGUUAUUGUGCAGUUAUCUCUUUUGUUUGUUGUAAAACCGUGAUCUUUUUCAAGCAUUAGUUGCUAAUGAUACUGUUAUUUGCACCUGCUCAUCAGAUAAUUAUUUAAGGAACAUACCAGCCUUAAUAUUGUGAAAUGAAUGAAAACUGAAUCAAUUGCAGCAAUUACUGGAGAUAGUUGACCAGUGUGGAUGCAGCUGCUGCAUUAUUUUCUGAGUGCUUACUUUUACUUGGUAUUUUGGACUGCCUUAAAUUAGAUGACUAAAUCAAUGAAACAUGCACAUGAGAAAAAUUACUUCCCGAAGAACCAGACCCUUGAAGACCCAUUUGUCAGCAGUUUCUUAGCACUCUACAUUAUGUUUUUAAUUACUUCAGUCCAUUCAUAAUUAGAGUCACUGUUAAGCUCUCUCAGUUGUACUUUUAACUAAUGUCCUGUCCUCAGGCAGUAAAUAUAUACACACUUAACUGCCAAAAAGUGCCUUUAUAUUUAAUUCAUAAACUCUUGAAGAUACACUUUUCUAAGUUUGUAUGGAUUUUAAAAUAAUUACCUACCAGAGUGACACUAAUGUCUAGCCCUUCAAGUCUUUAACAGCUCCAUCUGUCAGUGAGACACAUUCAGCAGAGAGGUGAAGAGCCUUUGCUGAUGGAAUAAGUGAUUGUUUCCCCAGGCGAGGUCUCUUCCCUGUAGGACAGUUAUUUCAGUGAACUGGGAUCUUGCCUGAUCCUUUGUCUCUGCACUAUUGCUUAACAACUACCAUACCAAAGUACUUUGUCCAGACCUAGUCUGGAUGUGUCACCAGUUUCUGAAACCACCACCAAAGGAUGCAGGCCUGUGUGCUUUGUAGUCGUGUGUUACUCGUGGUGUCAGGCAGCGGUGUGAGUGUAGUACCUGAGUAUCUGUCAAGAGAUCUUGGCUAUUGACAUUCUUCAGGUUUUGAUCGGUUGUUACAACAUAUUUGCCUUUUUUCACUUAAUGUUUCAUCACACAGAUCUAUUUAUACCACUCCUUUUCUGUUACUCAAGAAUGGCUGCAGACUAAGAGCUGAAUUUAAGUGGUGAUUUUUCAUUUCUGCAAUUACCAUACUCAGCCUUGGGACUUGCUAAAAGCAAAUAGGGUGUGCUGUGCAGGGCAGAUCAGUUUUUGCAUUAUCUGCAUGUUCUCUAGCCUUUGCUUGAGAGGUCUUUCAAAUGUGUAAAUAAGGCUGAAGGAAAAAAAUGAACACCACUGCUUAUUCAGCUGUUUAUUACAGCAUAUUUUUUGUAAAUUAGUGAUGCUCAACUAUGCAUCUCUUUCUAAGGUGCCUGAUGUCUGAGUUGAAAAACAGCUGUGACAAUCAUGUUCAGUCACUCCCAGAGAUGUGAUAUAACAGUGGUUAAGGUGUCCUGCUACUGAUGCAGACCCAUGUUUGAGCCUCACUGUGUGUUCUUUUCUUCUUACUGCUCUGGUGGAGAGGACGUGGAAAGGGAAUGGAGCUCUGGGAGGCAAAGGUUGCUGGGUGUGGUACUGCUCACGUCAGGGUUUGUGCUGGAAGCCACAGGAAGGUGGAAUUCCUGUAGUCUAAAAGCUGCCUUGAAUUGAGACAAACCUUUGAAUUUUUUGAUUCAGUCACUCGUGAAAAAUAUAUUUUAGACAUGAUGAACUACCACUGUUUGGCUAAAGGAAAUUAAAGGAAAAAGUGUUUCCCCUAGAAUUUGAAGUUAUCUUUGUGACUAUAAACCAAUCAUGUCUUUGGCUGUUUCUGUACACCUUAGCUUAGGCUUUUUUACUGUAAAUAAUUUAUAUAAAAUUGUUAGAAACAGAAAUGCUAAUUAGAAAACUUCUGAGUUCAUGAAUCUUUUACAGUCCUGUUCCCUUGUAUUAUGAAGAUUUAUCCAUGAAGAUAACUUAUAGAUUUGUGAUGAUAUUAUAUUCCUUAGAUUCUCGACCAAAGAAUGUUAUGGAGACAGUGCAGUGUAAACAACUCUGGAAUCCAGUAUUUCUAAAUA